GGACUGCAUACUUAUCUUCGCGUGAUAAUUAUUGUGUCAAAGGCCAAAUAACUUAUAAUAUUAAAGCAUUCCCGAAGUGAAACCAACUACACGAGUCCCAAUAAACAAUAAUGUUUGUAUGCAGAACAGCAAAAUAUGGAAAGGAGAUCCCGAAAAUAUUUGUUGCACGGAAUAUUGAGACAGUUAAACACUCUAUUAAAACAUAUGAGAAAAUCAAGCAAACACGUUUAGAAGCCCAGAUGGGCGGAGGAAAAAUAAAAAUCGAAAAUCAACAUAAAAAAGGGAAAUUAACAGCAAGAGAACGAAUACAUUUAUUAUGCGAUGACAACAGCUUUAUUGAGUACGACAUGUUCGUGGAGCACACUUGCAUAGAUUUUGGAAUGAAAGAGCGUAAAUUUCCUGGUGAUUCAGUAGUAACUGGCCAUGGAUUGGUGAACGGACGUCCGGUAUUUAUUUUCAGUCAAGAUGCUACUGUUUUUGGGGGAUCAUUGUCCAGUGCUCAUGCACGAAAAAUCUGCAAAAUUAUGGAUCAAGCGAUUUCUGUAGGAGCCCCUGUGGUUGGUCUUAACGAUUCAGGAGGGGCACGGAUUCAAGAAGGAGUCGAUUCGCUUGCAGGAUAUGCAGAUAUUUUUCAAAAAAAUGUCCUUGCAUCUGGAGUAAUUCCACAGAUAUCUUUGAUAAUGGGCCCUUGUGCCGGCGGUGCAGUUUAUUCUCCAGCUAUCACCGAUUUUACCUUUAUGGUUGAAAAUACUUCUUGUCUUUUCAUAACUGGACCUGAUGUGAUAAAGACAGCAACAAAUGAAGACGUUACAUCUCAAGAUUUAGGAGGGUCAAAAGUUCACACUGAACUAUCCGGAGUGGCACAUAGAUCGUUUGAGAACGAUAUCGAGGCCCUUCUUCAAUUGAGGGAAUUCAUGGGAUAUCUUCCUCAAUCGAACAAAGGUCCGGUUCCUAUUAGAGUUUGUGAAGAUCCAUGCAUUUCUAGGGAUAAGGAUGUGUUAUCUUUGGAAUCAACUGUUCCUCCAGUGGCCACGGCUCCUUAUGACAUGUUGGAUGUAAUUCUAGCUAUUGUUGAUGACCGAGACUUUUUUGAAAUUAUGCCCAAACAUGCAAAAAAUAUUAUUGUUGGAUUUGCAAGAAUGAAUGGAAGAACAGUAGGAAUUAUAGGGAAUCAGCCUGAUGUUGCAGCAGGAUGCUUGGAUAUCAGUUCUUCUGUAAAAGCAGCACGAUUUAUAAGAUUUUGCGACGCUUUCAAUAUUUCCAUAAUCACAUUGGUGGAUGUACCCGGAUUUCUACCCGGAGUACAACAAGAGCACAAUGGCUGUAUACGUCACGGUGCUAAACUAUUGUUUGCUUACGCAGAGGCGACAGUUCCAAAACUAACGGUCAUAACAAGAAAGGCUUAUGGGGGGGCCUAUAUUACUUCGUCAUCCAAGCACCUAAGAGGAGAUGUAAAUUAUGCCUGGCCAUCAGCUGAAGUGGCGGUGAUGGGAGCGAAAAGUGCAGCAGCAGUUCUCUACAAAGGAAGACCCAACUUGGAAGAGCUCGAGAAAGAAUACAUUGAAAAGUUUGCCAGUCCCUUUCCAGCAGCUCAGAAAGGGUUUGUUGAUGAUAUUAUCGAACCAAAAACAACCAGGCGGCGAUUGUGCCGAGAUUUGGACUUACUGGCAACUAAACAGCUGACAAAUCCUCCGAAGAAGCAUGGAAAUAUACCACUUUAGAGUUACACAUUAGCUAGCAUGUUUUGUUAAUUUAACAAACAUUGGAUUUAUGAGGAAAACUACCAAAGAAAAAUGACAAAUUUUGCCCUUAAAGAAACCUGAGAAAUUAUAUUCCUUGAGAAAUUCUUUUCAAUGCCGUUCAAAAUUGUUAUAUUACGCAUAACAAUUAACAUAGUAAUGUUAUUCUUGCUAAUAAAAAGAAUAUAUUUUUAA